AUGGUGUCGGUGCUUUCGGUCGCUGUCGUCGUUGUGGCGUUUGCUUUGGUUUUCGUCGAACGCGACCUGUGGGGUCUGGCCGGUCAUGAUGACACCCUGGCUGACUCUGCUGCGUUCUUUCUGCCGACGCACACGCUGCCGUCGCACUACUCGGUCCACCUGACGCCGGAUCUUGAGGCGUUUACCUUUGCGGGCAAGUGCGAGAUCAAGGUGAACUCGUCGGCCGACUCGCAGACGAUUGUGGUCCACGCCAAGGAGCUGACCAUCCACAGCGUGAGCUACAACGGCGAGGCUGCGGCGUCGCACUCGUACGACGAGACGCUCGAGCAGCUGACAAUCGAGCUCGCGGGCGAAGGUGCCAAGGCUGGCGCCGACGGUGUGCUGGCGUUCACCUACGACGGCGUGCUUAACGACCAGAUGGCCGGCUUCUACCGGUCCAAGUACAACUCCAAGGCCGACGGGACCGGCGAGGAGCGGUACAUGGCGGUGACGCAGUUUGAGGCGACCGACGCCCGGCGGGCGUUCCCGUGCUUUGACGAGCCAGCGCUCAAGGCGACCUUUGACGUCACGCUCGUUGUGCCGGCCGAUCGCGUCGCGCUCUCGAACAUGAACAUUGUGUCCGAGACUCUCGACGAGGCCGCGGGCAAGCGGACGGUGACCUUUGCCACCUCGCCGAUCAUGUCGACGUAUCUGCUGGCGUUUGUGGUGGGCGAGCUCGACUACGUCGAGGCGCACACCCAGAUCGGCAACAUUGCCGUCCGCGUCUACACUCCGGUCGGCCUCGCCGACCAGGGCCGCUUCGCUCUUGACGUUGGCGUCAAGGUCCUCGACUUUUACCAGGACUACUACGCCAAGGAGUACCCGCUGCCCAAGCUCGACAUGGUGGCCAUCCCCGACUUUGCCGCCGGCGCCAUGGAGAACUGGGGUCUCGUCACGUACCGCUCGGUCCUGCUUCUGUACAACGAGGAGACGACGCCCGCGUCGAUCAAGCAGCGCCUGGCGUACGUUGUCGGCCACGAGCUCGCCCACCAAUGGUUCGGCAACCUUGUGACCAUGGACUCGUGGACGUACCUCUACCUCAACGAGGCCUUUGCCACCUACGUCGGCUGGGCCGCCACACACGCUUUCUUCCCUGAGUGGCAGGUGUGGAACCAGUACGUGGUCAACGACUUCCAGCGUGCCCUCGAGCUCGACGCCCUCGAGUCGUCGCACCCCAUCGAGGUCGCCAUCGAGAACCCGAACAAGGUCGACGAGAUCUUUGACGCCAUCUCGUACUGCAAGGGCUCUGCCGUUGUCCGCAUGCUCGUCGCCUACCUGGGCGAGGAGACCUUCCGCGCCGGCAUGCGCGACUACGUCGCCAAGUUUGCCUACGGCAACACCAAGACCGAGGACCUUUGGGCCUGCCUCUCCGCCGCCUCGGGCAAGGACGUUCCGGGUCUGAUGAACACCUGGGUUAACGCCGUUGGUUACCCGGUCGUCUCGGUCUCCCGCACCUCGCCGACCACCCUCGCCGUCACCCAGGAGCGCUUCCUCUCCACCGGCCGCCCGGCCGCUACCCCUGUCGCCGCCCCCGAGUGGAACAUCCCGCUCCGCGCCGUCUCGGGUGCAGACCCGGCCGCGGCGUCCGAGGACCUCCUCACUGCCGCCACAGGCGAGAUCGCCGUCGCCGCCGACGCCUGGGUCAAGCUCAACCAAGGCCAGGUCGGCUUUUACCGCGUCGCCUACGACGCCGAAAGCAUCGCCCUCCUCUCGUCGUCGGACGCCCUCGCCGCCCUCUCGCCCGUCGACCGCGUUGGCCUCGUCAACGACGCCUUUGCCCUCGCUGCCGCCGGCUACGGCUCGACCCCGCUCGCCCUCGACCUCAUCGCCGCCGUCGGCUCCGCCGAGUCCGAGUACAUUGUCUGGGCUGACAUCGCAUCCUCGCUCUCGGCCGUCGCCAAGGCCUGGACCUCGGACGCCGACCUCGCCGGCCUCCGCACCGUCUACGGCCGCCUCUUUGCCCCGCUCGCCGCCAAGCUCGGAUGGGCAAAGUCGCCGGGCGAGUCAUACCAGGACUCGCAGCUGCGCCCGCUCGCUCUCUCGCGCGCCAUCCGCGCCAACGUCGCCUCGGUCGUCGACGAGGCCAAGGCCCGCUUCGACGCCGGCACCGUCCACCCAGACCUGCAGUCGUCGGUCUACUGGGCCCUCCUCUCGGUCGCCUCGCCCGACGACGCCGCCGCCAUGCACAACAAGCUCGUCGCCGAAUACAACGCCGCCACUUCGCAGGACACCAAGGUCGUUCUCCUCUCCGCCAUCGGCGGUGUGCCCACCCGUGACCUCGCCCACAAGGUCGCCGUCUGGGCCGCAGAGUCUGGCGACGUCCGCAACCAGGACCUCUUCUACGUCGUCGGCUCGCUCCUUGGCUCGGCUGUCGGCCGCGCCGUCGUCUGGGACUACGUCUCCUCCAACUUUGACGCCCUCGAGGCCAAGUUCCAGGGCGCCUUCCUCCUCGCCCGCAUCGUCAAGAUGGUUGUCGGCUCGCUCACCACCCAGGACGCCCUCGACGCCGCCAACGCUUUCUUCGCCGCCCGCGACGUCUCCUCCUAUGAGCGCCCGCUCAAGCAGGCCGUCGAGGAGGUCACCGCCCGCCUGCAGUGGAUCGAGCGCGACGGCGCCGCCGUCUCGGCCUGGCUUGCGGUCCAGGCGCAGGAGGCUUGAAGCGCGUGCCGUAAAGCAAUCUCUCUCUC